AUGAAGCUCCACCUUCCAGUCACUUCAAGCGACGAAGACUCCACCAAAUCUGAUUUCGAAGAUCUCACUUGCGAAACUCCGAAACUCCACUCCGCCUUCACUUUGACUCCAAGUGGCGGAAUCAAAUCCGGAGUUAAUGUUGGAAUUUGGGAGGAGAGGAAAGUUUUUGGCUCUCGAGGUCAGAUUCUUAAGGAAGAGCUGGUGGGGAGGCAUGUGGAUAACACCAAUAAAAAUGGGAAGCAUUCAGGGUUCAAACUGAAACAUCCUUCUGGCAAUGUGUUGGACAAAAUUGUUUCGGGUUAUCAAGUUGUUUAUGGUGGUCAACUGGAUGAAGAUGCUAUAUUGAAUAAAUGUAGGAAUGCCAUUAGCUGUGUUGAGAAAGUAGAUAUGGAUAUUCAUGGCGAUAUUAGAUCAGGGCAAUUCAGUGGGCCUGGAAUUGCAGAGGAACUUAAGGGGUAUCAUGCUGUUUUGAGUGAUUGUAUUGAUCAGCUGACAGCUGUUGAAUCAUCAAGAGCCAAUCUUGUGUCUCAUCUAAGGGAGGCCCUUCAAGAGCAGGAAUAUAAGCUGAAUCAUGUCCGAAAUCAACUUCAGCAACCCCACCUAGAUGCCUACGUGCCCAACCAGCUUUCUACAACUUCUAUCAUCAUCUGGUCUGGGCAAUUCAGUGGGCCUGGAAUUGCAGAGGAACUUAAGGGGUAUCAUGCUGUUUUGAGUGAUUGUAUUGAUCAGCUGACAGCUGUUGAAUCAUCAAGAGCCAAUCUUGUGUCUCAUCUAAGGGAGGCCCUUCAAGAGCAGGAAUAUAAGCUGAAUCAUGUCCGAAAUCAACUUCAGGCCGCUCAGUCCCAGUCUGAACAGGCAGGUAAUAUUUGCCGAAACUUGCUAAAUUCCAACAAUGUGCAAUUGCCAGCUGAGCAGAGUCUGAAGGAAAUUCACACCUCCAGAGCGCCUCAAGGUUUUAUAGCUGGAAAUGGAGAACAAUCAGCUCCAGUGAUGUACACCCGGCAGGUUCCUUUUGCUGAGAAAUCUAUCCACGCUGAAGAAGAUCCAAAAUCUGCAGCAGCUGCUGUGGCGGCAAAGUUAACUGCAUCAACAUCCUCAGCCCAGAUGCUCACUUAUGUACUCUCCUCUUUGGCAUCGGAGGGUGUCAUUGGCAAUUCAACGAAAGAAUCUUCUAGUGAUUAUCCUUCAGAGAAAAGACCUAAGCUCGAGAAUGAUCAUUCUUCUUAUAUACCUCCUCAGAAUCCUCAAGCAGUUCCACCUUUUCCACAUUCCGGCCCAGUGCAACACAAUAUCCCAUUGACCUCCCAAGAGCUGACUUCAAAUGAGCAACCCCCUCCCCCAUCAUCUCCUCCACCGUUGCCACCGCUGCCACCUAUGCAGCCCCCUAUGCAGCCAUAUCCAUUGCCCCAGUUCAGGCAGACUGCUGGUUCAAUACCUAGUGGCCCAUAUGGCUAUGGUGCAACCCAACAGCAGCUGCCACCCCUGCCUGGUUAUCCGACUGUAGGCAUUCCAACCAAUGGGAUAUCUCCCUUUACAGCCCCUCCAGCAAACAUUUAUCAGGGUUAUCCUGCUGAAGGUAGUUUUUAUAGCCAGCCGACAUCCUUGCCAAUGGCACCUAUCACUCGCCAGUAG